AUGGCACCGUUCAAAUUCCCGCCUCCGCCCCCGCCCCCGCCGCCGAAGGCAUCGAACGACGCGCCAACAGCGUAUGGAAGCCAAAGAGGAGGACCCUCGGGCAGAGGUGAUAGAGGCCGCGGACGGGGCGGUGCACCAAGAGGUCGCGGUCAGAAUCAAGUGGCAGGAAAUCCAAGAGGUGGAAGUCAGCGUGGUGGGCACAGGGGCGGACAACAACAUCAAGGUGGAAGAGGAGGCUCUCAAAACCAUGGUGCUCUUUUCCAGCAGCAGCAACAACAGCAACAAUCGUAUACGGUAACGCAGCCCUAUUUCAACACGAACCUCUCCCCUGCGCAUCCGAACCCGGCGCACUGCAAUCCUCCUACGAACUAUGUUCCACCGCUAGACCCUGGGGCCUUCGCACAAGCGAUGGCAUUCAUGGCGACACCCGCGGGCAUGCAAACUAUGGCUGCUUUUGCAGCGAAUAUGGUAAAUGGGAGCGCGAAUCCAACUUGUGACCAACCUGUCCCGCCACAACAACCAACACUCCAUGGCCAGUCUUCCAACCCUCAACCUAGUCCCAGGAAGAGGCAACGAAACGAACGAGUUGAGCGGUGGCAACCACAGCAACCUCCCAAACACAAUCAUCCGCCCAUUCAGAAAGCUCCUGCACAGAGUGCGCCUUCACAGAAGCCUCCAAGAGCAAAAGCGAAGGCCCCUCCUUCUAUACCAGGCUUUGGCUUCUCAUUACCGCCAGUCCCACAGCAUACGGACACAUUGAAAGCAGGUGGGGCACAUCAUCAUCACCAGAAGCGCGUAAAGCUGGGCCUCACUAGUUUGAACUGCGAUGAAGAGUCGAGCAGCGAAGACGACGACAACAAUGUGGACGAGGAGGCACUUCUUGCAGCAAAGUGGGAUGGAAAGGGGAUGACAUUUGAACACAACGGCGAAACGAUAUCCUUACAGACAGCAGCAGAGUUUGCCGAAUACAUCAAGGACAGGAAGACCAACUUUCCGACCCAGCAAAGGGCUGCAGAGAAAGCGCACUUGGCUGCGGAAAGGAGAGCCAAUGAAAUAGAGUUUUUGCGCAGAGUCAAAGGCACUCCAGGGAAGGGAAGGCCCGGCGGGGAAGCGAAGUCAAAGGACCAGCGUAAAGGGAAAGCCGCGAACAAGUACGGAUCGUUGAAACCCAGGCCCGAAGAACUCCGCGAGAAGGCGAGAAAUAGCAUGGCAUCAAAACAUGCUGCCGCGAAGCCUCCUUCAGACAGCAGCGCCCAGCAAUCCAUCGAUCUUGGUCUAGGAUACAGGACCGACACCGAGUCUGACGACGCAAGCUCCAUCCUCUCAGAAUCUUCCGUGGUAUCAAGUGACGAGUCGUCCGAGGGCGCCGCAUCCGAAGCCGAAGCCGAUGAAGCCUCAGACUCCGACGCACUCCCCGAAGCGCAAAGCUCAAAGAUCAUAGCAGCCCCCAGAGUACCCCAACCUCCGCCCAGACUCCCUGCUCCUCGGGCCGAAACCUCGAGUAAGUCCCAGGCGGGCGUCUGUCAGCAGUGGAAGAUGACAGGGCGGUGCAAGUAUAAGUACUGUAGGAAUAAACACGGCGAAGAGGAACCGAAGAGCAUGGGCUUGUAUGAGAGGAUGGUGGAGCAGGAACUGGACAAGGCGGACCGCCUAGCUCUUGAGGCGAUCAAGUAUCUGGGUAGGAAUGGGUUUUUGGGCUGA